GGCCAUUGUAUUUAUGUUGCAGUGCAUCAUCAUCAUCAUCGUAUGUAUCUUAUCGCAUAUGAGGCUUGAAGUAUAUUGACAGUGCAUUUUGACAGUAGUUUAGUGGUGGUUUUGUGGGUGUUUAUUGUGGCAGUGGAUUGGGCCCUAGUGUGGAUUAAAACACCAAACAUCAAAAACAGGAGCAAUAUAGCAGCAUUUAAAGAAAAUUCUAAAAAAGAAAGAAAACUAGACAUCGACAAAAGAUCUAUACACGCAGACCCCUAAAAGAGGAAGAAGAAGAAUAAGUAGCAGCAACAUAACAAGAAGGCCAAGAAAGUACAAAUUUUGUAUUUUUUUUCUUCUUCUCACAGACACUCUUGCCAGCCAGUCAGCCAGCCAGCCAACGAGCCAAUCAACACCGCUACAACCCCAACACGUAAUUUUCAAAUUUCAAAAUAUUUUCGUACAAAAGUUUCUAAAACAAAACUACUACAACUGCAAAAACAACAACAACAACAACAAUUGCUUGCCUAACAUUUUCAAAAAUAUUUUCGAAAAAAAAUAGUGAAAAGUGCAGUCAGCCAACAAACAGCAGCCAUAGAAUUCUUUCGUAGAAACAACACAGACAAAAAUACAAACACUUGGACAGACAGACACAAAUAGUUUCAUCCUGUAGCUAAAGUAAAAAUUGCAAUAAAUCCAACAACAAAAAGAAAGCAACAACAGUGUGACAAAAAGAUAAAAAAAAUUUAAGCAUAACAUUUUCAACACGCGGCAAUAGAUCUCCUCUAGAUUAUAACAUACUCAAACAGUCAUACAGUCAGUCGUUUAGAUACACUCAGAUACAAAUAAAUAAAAAAUAAAUUUAAAUAAUUUUAAAUUCUAUAGAAAUCAAGAAAAGGAACUAAAGAAAGAAACGUCGACUAUAGCAAAAAUAAAAAAUAAAAUAUAAAAGAAUAAAAGUAUCUAAAAAUAUCUAUAAAUUUUGUUGAAAAUAUCACAAAAAAAUCAGCUGAAUAACAAACCAACCCAUACGUACUUAAAUUAAAAGAGUGAUACUAAAAUAAUAUAUAUAAAAAUAUAUAUAUUUAACGAAAAAAAUUGGUUGUAAAGCAAAAUAAAACUUAACGAAAAACUCUCACAAAAAAACGGAAAGAAAUAAGCAAAAAAAAAUAAAAAUCAAAACGACUUGUUAUUUUGAAUAUUUCAAAAAGAAAAUUUAUUUUAUUAAAACACAAAGAACGAUCUCUGCCUAAUUAAAAAAAAAUAAUAUUAAAAAAAUAUUAUUAUUAAAAUAACAAUUUGCUUCUUUAUAAAUAAAUAAUAAUAAAAAAACCUUGUCAUCGAAUUGUUAACAAUAAUUUAAAAAAAGCCAUAAUUUAAACACAAGAAAAAUAAUACGGCCGUUAUCUAGUUUUUAAAAUUUAAUAUCUUAAAAAGAAAAAUAUUAGUUUUAUUUUUAAAACUCUAGUUAGUUAAACGUCAACGUGCGCAAGAUUUAAAACAAAAGCUCAAAGCUUAAGCUAAGCUUAAAACAAACCUACAAAAAUAACUUUCAUUCACUUACCCUAUGCAUAAAAUGGCAGCACCCACUGGAGCAGCGCCACCGGCGGCAAUAGAAGGUGCCUUGUCGGCCCCCAAAUAUGGUACACUGAUACCGAAUAGAAUUUUUGUGGGCGGUAUAAGUGGCGACACAACAGAAUCCGAUUUGUGUCGUGUCUUCUCCGCCUAUGGUAAUGUUAAGUCCACAAAGAUCAUCGUGGAUCGUGCUGGAGUUAGUAAAGGUUACGGAUUUGUGACUUUUGAAACGGAACAGGAAGCUCAAAGGCUGCAAACCGAUGCUGAAUGUGUUGUACUGAGGGAUCGUAAAUUAAAUAUUGCGCCAGCCAUUAAAAAACAGUCAAUUGUGGCUGCAAAUGGUGCUGUCUAUUACACAACUACACCUCCAGCUCCCAUUAGUAAUAUGCCUAUUGAUCAAUUUGCCGCCGCUGUUUAUCCACCAGGUAUUUAUGGUAUUUAAAUUUAAAAAUGUUUU